AUGGAGGCAAAUUGCAAUUUGGGCUGCCACCUGCCGAGUCGAGAGUUCGACUAUAUAGUCGUCGGCGGUGGCUCGGCGGGCUGCGUCCUCGCGGCCCGUCUUAGCGAGGACCCGAGCUUGUCUGUGCUUUUGAUCGAGGCAGGCGGCCCUGGGGGCACCAGCGCCGUACGCUGGCCGUUCAGGUAUGCUCUGGACUUGCACGGUCGGAAUUCCGAGGUAGACUGGGCCUUCAAGACCGAGCCAGAGCCGCACCAGAACGGCGCCGUGCACAACUGGCCCCGCGGCAGGUGCCUCGGAGGUACCUCUGCCGUCAACGCCCUGAUCUACGUGCGAGGCGACCCAAAAACUUACGACGCGUGGGCGAAGCUCGGCUGCGAGGGGUGGAGCUGGAAGGAGGUGCUGCCCUUCUUCCAGAAGUCGGAGGGCUGCCUUUUUGGUGCCCCUGGUGACCACGCCAGCGGCGGGCCGCUGCAGACUCGCCGCAUGGACGACAUCCUCGCGGGCGCCGGGGAGGAUUGCGCGGAAGUGUCGCGCAGGGUCGGCCGCGCUUGCGUGGAGGUUGGCCUUGUCCGCGAAGGCGCCGAGGACUACAACUCUGGACCCCUUGCAGGGGCAGGAGGCACAACGCAGGUCAACGUCGGCCCAGACGGCACGCGCUGCGACAUGGCGCAAGCAUACUUGCGCAACAGCGGAGCUAACAAGCGGCCGAACCUGACGAUUUGGACCCACUGUCGCGCAGAACGCGUGGCACUCCGGGGAACCACCGCAGAAGGGGUGUGGUAUCGGGAGGGCCGGACGGACGCCGAGCUCCAGCGGAGCUCCAGCCGCGUCGUUUUUGCGCGCCGUGAGGUGAUCUUGGCAUGCGGGGCUGUCCAGUCGCCUCAGCUGCUGCUGCUGUCGGGCAUCGGGCCGAGGGAGCACCUGGCAGAGCACGGGGUGCCUGUGGCAGUGCCAUCACCCGGCGUUGGCAGAAGGAUGCUGGACCACUUGUUCGUGCCCAUGUUGUUCGCGGCCAGAGAGGCGGACCCGAUCGUCCGCGACCUGACGGCAGUGCGUGUCGCGCUGCCUCUUCUCUUCCGCUACUUCCUUUCUGGUGCGGGCCCCUUUGGUGGAUCUGGCAUCUCCAAUAUGGCCUUCACGCGUUCUGGCCUUCGGGAGAAGCAGGAUCCACACCACGAGGAGGUGGACAUACAACUGCACAUAGCUGGUGGCGUCCUCAAGUCUUCUCAUUUUGGGAUCUGGGAGACCAUGGCCCUCACCGGGGAGCACGGUGAAAUAUUUAGGGACCCAGGCAAGCUUCCCCGAGGAGUAUCCUUUCUCCCAACGUUGCUUCUACCAAAGAGCGAGGGGUGCAUAGAGCUCAGAUCUGGCGAUCCCAUGGAUCCGCCCCGCAUCCGUGCAGGCUACCUCUUCGACGACUACGACCUGCAGGUGCUGGUACGAGGGAUGAAACUGUGCCGAAGUGUAGCCAAGGCACCCGCACUUGCGGAGCAGCUCUCGCACGAGGUCGUGGAGCCAAGCAUCAGGCACCCGGCAGAUAGCGACGCGUACCUCGAGGAGUACGCGAGCUGCCGCAUGGGGCCGGACAGCGAUCCGCAGGCGGUGGUGGACUCCGCCUGCCGCGUCCGCGGGGCGCAGCGGCUGCGGGUGGUCGACGCCAGCGUCAUGCCCACGGCCAUGACUGGGAACACCAACGCGCCCACCGCAAUGAUCGCGGAGAAGGUGGCCGCCAUGAUCUUGGGCGCGGCGUGA